GAGGAUCCAACACAGCACUAAGAACUGACGCAAAACUACUCAGAGUUUCAUUUGUCUCUCACAACAGGGAGGAACAAAGAUGGGCAUCAAACACUCAACCCCUGAAGAUGAUCUCAGGAUUGUGAUGAUCGGGAAGACUGGUGUGGGGAAGAGUGCCGUUGGUAACACCAUCCUAGGCAAAAAAUUAUUUGAGUCCAACGUGAGUUCAGAGUCAGUGACAGAAAACUGCCAGCGAGAACGAGCUCGGGGCUCCAGAGCCGUCUACAUGGUCGACACACCCGGGAUCCUGGACACAACUAAGAGUGCAGAGAGCAUAAGAGAAGAGAUUGCAAAGUGCAUCCAGAUGUCGUCUCCUGGUCCCCACGUCUUCCUGCUGGUCAUUCAGAUCGGAAGGUUUACCAAAGAAGAAGAAAACUGCGUCCAAGCCCUGGAGAAGCUCUUUGGACCCAGAGCCUCAAAUUACAUGAUUGUUCUCUUCACUCAUGGGGACAAACUCGUUCAGCAGGAUACAACUAUACAUAAGUAUCUACAGAACAGUCACCCGAAGCUUCAAGAGCUCCUGAGUCGGUGCGGGAACCGCUUCCACGUCUUCAACAACGUGAACAAGAAGGACAGAACUCAGGUGACUGAACUCAUCAAGAAGGUGGAUGAAAUGGUGGCUGCAAACGGAGGAGCAUGCUACACAGACGAAAUGUUCGAAGAGGCACAGAAAUGUUGUCAGAAAAACAGAGUCACCGGAGAGCGGCCGCAAUUCAGUCAAGCCUUCAUGAAUCAGCUGAUGCAAAAAAUCCUCCUGUUUCAGAUGGUGCUAGCGGCGUCAGACGGCACCUAUGACGUGCCCCGUAAGAACAACCCCUUAAACCUGAACAGAGUAUCUAAUGUUCGAUAAGCUUCAUAUAUAGAGAGCUGCUUAAUGAAUGCAAAUGUACAUAUAAAAUGUCUAUAAUUACAAAAUGACAUAAUUCUGUAAGUACUAUUAGUUAUAUUUGGGAAUUAAUUAUACAUAUCACAGUAGUUCCUGCUAGUUUUCUUUCCAUUUUAAAGCUGCCAAGUUACUGUAGUGUUAAAUGUUACUGUUGCUUUAGUUCAUUUAUUAUAAAGGAUGAUUAAUAAACGCUAUUGUUAUCGGACACACAACUCAUUAUAUGUAUUCCAACUGUACAAGAGACAAAUGCUUCACAUACUCUUCAAAGUUCAGUUAAAAAUAGCAUUAAAAGCUGAGGAGAAUCCUAAACAAUAGAUAAACAAGUGUUUCAGAGAAACACAAUCAUUUGUGGGUUUUUAUUAACAGUAAACACAGAAAUGUGAAACCUAAAAGUAAACCCGUUUAGGGGCAACUUCUGAUAUGUGGUGAAACGCUUCUACUUAAAACAAAAGUCCCCUUGACGUGACUCAACUUCCAGAAAACUUCACCUGGAUGACUGAGAAUCUUCACCCCAUAAACUAUCCGCUGUUAACUGGUGCAACAGCACCAUCGAGUGUAUGUUCCAUUUAUAACACGUUAACUAGCAAAUUACCUAGCAGUUUUUACUGUAUAACAGGUGAGUAGUACUUUACUCAGAAAGUAUACAGUAAUAUGUGUUGAUAUUUGCUGUGGUAGAAAUCCAUGAAGAACUGUGGAGGAAUGGUGUUCUAUUUGAGGCACUCAUUUUAUUAAAGGUCAAAGUUCGGUCUUGAUGUCAGUUCAAUGUAGGAUACUUUAGUAAUGGACUUUACCAAAACCACGCAGUAAAAUGAGUUGAUAUUUGCUGUGAAGGAACGGUCCCAGAGUCUUAAAUGAUCUAUAUAGGACAGUGACUCUGUUGCUGUAAUUUACUGGGGAUAUUACUAAAGGGGAAGUUACAAAGUAUAAUAAACUACUUGAAACGGUGA